AUGAGAAGGGAGGUUCUAGACCUAACUAUCUGUUCAAGACAGGUAGUGCAGGAGGUGACCGGCUGGAGGGUCUCUGACGAGCCCUCAUUGUCGGACCACAGACAGAUCACCUUUAGACUGGCCAAGGUGCAAGCGAAGGUGAGAACAGUGAGGGACCCAAGGAGGACGGAUUGGGAUUCAUUUCGAGAGGACCUGGCUGUUGGUCUUAGGGAGUUUCCCAAAAGACAUGGGAUCCCGCAAGAGAUCGAGCUGUGCGUCGAGCACCUGCAAAGGGUUCUCGUCGGCAGCUUUAAGAACAACUGUCCAGAAAGGACAGUGAGAAACACUAAGGAUGUCUCCUGGUGGAACCCCAAGCUACAGGAGCUUAGAAGUGCUGCACGUCGUGCCUGGAAUAGGGCCAGGAACACGAGCCACCAGGCUGACUGGGACCUUCACCAAAGGGCUCAGAAGGCCUACAAAGAUUCUGUAGUGAGGGCUAAAAAGGAGAGCUGGAGGAGGUUCUGCGAGUCGGUGGAGGGGAUACCUGAAGCCGCUAGGCUCGGCAGAAUCUUGGCCAGAGAUCGGGACGCGGCUCUGGAGGCUAUUCGGCUCGAUGAUGGGACGAUGGCAUCUGGAGAGCGAUGCCUAAACCACCUGCUUGAGUCGAACUUUCCGGGCUUCCGCGGAGGCCUGGAGGAGGACGUCCACCGGGGAAUCUCGAAUCCGCAUAAGGUACGAGGAAAAGAUUGGUCCCUUGCGGCAGAAAUCGUUCGGCCUGACAAGGUCAAAUGGGCCGUAAGAGGUUUCAAGCUCUUUAAGUCGGCUGGGCCGGACCGGGUCUUUUCGGCUCUUCUUCAAGAAGGGCUGGAGCAGAUCACCGGGCCGUUCACGCGGACGCUGAGGGCUUGUUUGGCACUGGGCUAUACAUCUAGUGUUUGGAGGCAGGCGAAAGUUGUGUUUAUCCCCAAAGCGGAAAGAACGGGCUACAGUUCUGCCAAAGACUUUUGUCCAAUUAGCCUGACGUCUUUUCUUCUCAAAACGUUGGAAAGGCUGGUGAACGUCUACAUACGCGACGUGGUUCUAUUGCAACAUCCGUUGCAUGUGAACCAGCACGUGUAUCAAACGGGAUAUUCUACAGAAUCGGCGCUUCACUCCGCUGUAUCGUUCAUCGAGGAGCAAUUGAAGAGGAAGGGCUACGUAGUUGGCACCUUUCUAGACAUAGAAGGGGUUUUCAACAAAACACCACACGAGGUGGUGUAG